UGCCGACGCACAGCUCGGCGUGCAGUCGCUUAUGCUCCUCGUCUGGUGUUAAAAUAUUGGUACGACAUCACUACUGCAAAUCACCACCGCUGCGACACUUCUGGCCACUGCUUGCUGCACCACCCCACCCACCCUGCUUGAGCGCCGCGCAUCGAUGGCCGAAGCCCCAGCCUGGCGCGUGCGCGGCACCAAGAAGGGAGAUUGGCCCAUCGACGUCGAGAAGCGCACGCACCACACCGUAACUUGUAUAAGAAACGUGAGCGGCGACGCGCACGCGCUCUGCACGGAGCUGCAGGACGCGUUGGGUGCCGGCGGCACGGUGCGCGGCAGCGUCGUCGAGCUGCAGGGCGCGCACACGGACCGCUGCAUCGCCUUUCUGUCUGCAAGGCGCCGCCACGUCGCGGGCAUCCGUGCGGCACUGCUCCCAGACGACGACGACGACGAAGAAAUCCCCCUCGAGGUGAAAUCCGAGCGCCGCAAGCCGCGGUGGGACGCGACGCGGAAGAUGAUUGGUAAACACGAACCGCCCCGCGCCACGGCGGCGCAGACGGCUCAGGCGCUCCAGAGCGGCGUCUGCCCCCUCGACUUCUCUUUGGUAAGUUUCCGGGACGCGUGCGCCAUCUGGUGGCGCUGCACGUGCCCCAAACCCGACCCGCGCUGGCUCGAGCCCGGCGACGACGCGGCGCCCUUCUACGAUCCUAAAUUGGACGGCCCGACGGCUGUAGUGAGAGACGUCUGCGAGGUCUUCACGCUGUCUUCGGUCAGUCGCGUCGACGCCGAGGCGCCUCAUAAAAACGAGCGCGCGCGCAAGAUGGAGGCUCGGGCACAUGCGCGCCAGGCGGAGCGCGAUCGGCGCAGCGCGGCGGCGGCGCGGCGGCGCGAGCCCGUCGUCCAGGCGUCCUCCAGAGCCUUCGCGGCCAAGUCGCGCAACGCGUGGCUCGAUGACGAUGAUGUUAAUGAGGGGCUCGGCCGGCUCGAGGACGACUGGAGCGAGGAGGAGGAUAUUUGGGAUGAUGACAAAGAGGAGUGGCGCGCCGCCGAAGCGGCUGCGUCGGGUGCCGAUGCGACGCGAGAUAUUGCGGAUUGGAACGCGGCGGUACGCGCCGCCCACGACGAGCGAGCGCGGGCGGGCGCGUUCCUGGAGAACCGGGCGCCCGUCGUCGACAAGGUCGACGCGUCACAGCUCAGUGAUGAUGCCGUGCUCGCGCGCGCCGACAGCAAGGGCUGGAGCGAGACCUACGUGGGCCUGCUCAUGGACUCGCUCGGGGGCCGCUUCCAAGAUCUGGAGCCGACGCUCUGGCGCAAGGUCCUCGCCCUGGUCUCUUCCGGCGCCGACGCGCACGACGCGGUGCUCUCCGCGCUCGCGGACGUGCUCCGGCCGGCCUGGGCCUGCGCCGCGUGCACGCUGGAGAAUGAGGGCGCGGCGGACUUUUGUGUUGUUUGCGCGACGCCGCGGGGCGCGCUCGAGUCUGCGCCGCCGCCCGCGCGACCGGCCCCGUCGUACGAGGACUUUGUCGAGGAGCCGGCCCUCGUGGACCGGCGCUUCGACGUCGAGGAGCCGUCUACCGAAUGGACGUGCGCCGUGUGCACGCUGCGGAACCGCGCCGAGCACCUCGCCUGCGACGUUUGUGGGGCGGAGCGGGAUGCGGCCUAG